AUGGAGGACGCCACCGCCGCCCACCUCCAGGCCCAGCGCCCGCCGGGGCCUGCGGCGGCAUCGCCGUCAACCCCACCGCCGCCGAGUACGUCCACGGGCUACAGUGUCGCUCUCCCUGAGAAAUUGCAAACCGGCAAGUGGAACGUGUACCGGUCCGCGCGUUCUCCUCUAAGGUUGAUAAGUAGAUAUCCUGACACCCCAGACAUUGGAACGCUGCAUGAUAAUUUCACGUACGCAGUUGAGACAUUUACAGACUCUAGAUACCUGGGGACAAGAAUCAGAACAGAUGGAACAAUCGGAGACUACAAAUGGAUGACAUACGGCGAAGCUAGUACCAGCAGGACAGCAAUAGGUUCUGGUCUUAUCUAUCAUGGAUUUCGUGAAGGUGCAUGCAUUGGUCUGUAUUUUAUAAACAGACCCGAGUGGAUUAUAGUUGACCAUGCUUGUUCUGCAUAUUCAUAUGUAUCUGUGCCACUUUAUGACACUCUUGGCCCAGAUGCUGUUCAAUUCAUUGUGAACCAUGCAGCGGUUGAAGCUAUAUUCUGUGUGCCUCAAACUCUAAGCAUUCUGUUAAGUUUUAUAGCUCAAAUGCCAUGUGUUCGGCUUAUAGUGGUAGUUGGUGGAGACGAUGCAAAUAUGCCAUCAACGCCAGUUACUACCGGAGUGGAAAUCAUAACUUACUCCAGGCUGCUCAUCCAGGGAAAGGCUAGUCCUCAACAUUUUCGUCCUCCGAAGCCUGAAGAUGUUGCCACUAUCUGUUACACUAGUGGCACUACGGGCACGCCAAAGGGUGUUGUUCUUUCUCAUGAGAACUUAAUUGCAAAUGUAGCAGGAUCAAGCCUGAACAUUAAGUUUUACCCCUCCGAUGUGUAUAUCUCAUAUCUACCUUUGGCUCACAUCUACGAGAGGGUUAACCAGAUUGCAGCACUGCACUGUGGUGUUGCCAUUGGAUUCUACCAAGGGGAUAAUUUGAAGCUCAUGGAUGAUCUAGCUGCUUUGAGACCGACAAUAUUCGCAAGUGUUCCCCGGUUAUAUAACAGAAUUUAUACAGCAAUUACAAAUGCUGUGAAGGAGUCUGGUGGGCUGAAGGAAAAAUUGUUUCAUACUGCAUACAAUGCCAAGAGGCAAGCAAUCCUUAAAGGGAAAAAUCCAUCCCCAGUGUGGGAUAAGUUGGUAUUUAACAAAAUUAAAGCUAGGCUUGGUGGACGAGUGAGACUUAUGAGUUCAGGUGCUUCUCCACUGUCAGCAGAUGUUAUGGAAUUCCUUAGGAUAUGCUUUGGUGGUGAAAUUCUUGAAGGCUAUGGAAUGACGGAGACAUCUUGUAUCAUAUCUGCAAUGGAUGUUGGUGACAAAUCAAUUGGGCAUGUUGGAUCCCCAAUUGCAUCUUGUGAGGUGAAACUUGUGGAUGUCCCAGAAAUGAAUUAUACGUCCGAUGAUCAACCUUAUCCUCGUGGAGAAAUUUGUGUUAGAGGACCCAUAUUAUUCCGUGGUUACUAUAAAGAUGAAGUCCAAACAAAAGAAGUCAUUGACAAAGAUGGUUGGUUUCACACUGGAGACAUAGGUCUGUGGCUACCUGGAGGGCGUUUAAAGAUUAUUGAUAGGAAAAAGAACAUUUUCAAGUUAGCUCAAGGAGAAUACAUAGCUCCAGAGAAGAUUGAAAAUGUUUAUGCCAAAUGCAAGUUCAUUGCCCAAUGUUUUAUAUAUGGUGAUAGUUUAAACUCUUCGUUAGUUGGUAUUGUUGCAGUUGAACCAGAGGUUUUGAAGGCUUGGGCUGCAUCUGAAGGGAUCCAGUGCGAAGACUUGAGACAGGUUUGUUUUGACCCUAGAGCAAGAGCUGCUGUCCUGGCUGAUAUGGAUUCUGUUGGGAAGGAAGCGCAGCUAAGAGGUUUUGAGUUUGCUAAAGCUGUUCGGCUUGUUGCUGAGCCAUUCACAGUGGAGAAUGGUCUCCUCACCCCAACAUUCAAGGUCAAAAGACCGCAAGCUAAGACGUACUUCGCAAAGGAAAUUUCAGACAUGUAUGCAGAGCUGCGGGAGGCAGAGGCACCCAGGACGAAGAAUGAGGACUUGUACCACACGGAGGCAGUGCUUGGACUGCAGAAUGAAUUGAUGGUCCUCGUUAUGAACUUAAUAGAAAUGAAAUGCCGACUUGCCGAGUACAUGAACUUUUGCCAUUGUCCAACGUGCCACGUUAGCCUUGAAUGGAAGAUACAUCAUAGGAAAAAAAAAUGUUCUGCAAAUGUAAACAGUAAACAGUUCGUUGCGAACUUGAUCUCUCAGGGGAUAAAUGCAGGAGACGUGAAGAAGCUGCAGGAUGCAGGGAUUUACACUUGCAAUGGGCUAAUGAUGCAUACUAAGAAGAACCUUACAGGAAUCAAAGGUUUAUCUGAAGCAAAAGUUGAUAAGAUCUGCGAGGCUGCUGAAAAACUUCUGAACCAGGGCUUCAUGACAGGAAACGAUCUCCUUCUUAAGCGGAAGUCUGUUGUUCGGAUUACAACUGGGAGCCAGGCACUUGAUGAGCUGCUUGGCGGCGGGAUUGAAACACUUUGCAUCACAGAGGCGUUCGGGGAGUUCCGGUCAGGGAAGACCCAGUUGGCUCAUACCCUAUGUGUCUCCACUCAGCUUCCAAUCCACAUGCAUGGGGGGAACGGGAAGGUUGCCUACAUUGACACUGAGGGAACAUUCCGACCUGAACGCAUUGUGCCAAUUGCUGAGAGAUUUGGGAUGGAUGCCAAUGCUGUUCUCGACAAUAUCAUAUAUGCUCGUGCAUACACCUAUGAGCACCAGUACAACUUGCUCCUGGGCCUUGCUGCCAAGAUGGCUGAAGAACCUUUCAGGCUUCUGAUUGUGGAUUCUGUGAUUGCACUAUUCCGUGUUGAUUUCAGUGGCAGGGGUGAACUUGCAGAGCGUCAGCAAAAGCUAGCACAGAUGCUGUCCCGCCUUACCAAGAUUGCUGAGGAGUUCAAUGUUGCAGUGUACAUCACCAACCAAGUGAUUGCUGAUCCAGGUGGCGGCAUGUUCAUAACCGAUCCAAAGAAGCCAGCAGGCGGCCAUGUGUUGGCGCAUGCUGCCACCAUCAGAUUGAUGCUAAGGAAAGGCAAAGGCGAGCAGCGUGUCUGCAAGAUCUUCGACGCUCCUAAUCUUCCUGAAGGAGAAGCUAUAUCCUUUUGGUUUGAUGGCCCAUGCUUACUGUUGUGCUAA